ACCCUAGUCAUUGCCACUCUGAUGACUUCUCCAGCCCAGCUGCUGCCCAGUUGCGGCUUUACCCAGUCCUGGUAACCUUCGAUUCCAAGGUUCCAACCCGGGUUGACAAUGGAGUGUAAGAGACUUCCCGGACUCCUGGGAAGAAUGGGGUCAGGUUUCCCCUUGGUCGCUGUCCUCUCCAGGCUCUGGUGACUCUGUCCAAAUGGCUGGGGUGAUUCGAGGAUGACUCAUAAUACCCAUAGUACCCUACAUAAUCCCAGAUCCUCUGGAAACAGCAAGUGUGUUGUAUACCUGGCCAAAGACACCCAUGGGAAGGGAGAAAGGUGCAGUGCCCCACUGCUGGGGAACCUGUCUCCCCUUGUGGCCCAAGAGAGGGCUGCUGGAUCUGUGAGGAGUUCUGGGAUGUGAGGGCAAGAGUUGCCUGGCCCCUGUACUCCUGCCUCCACUCCAUCUCCAGCUGAGCACUGCAGCCUGGCCCCGUGCCAGCAGCAGGCUUAGCAGGUCCCAGGGGUGUGGUGGCGGCCAGUGGUGGAGCCAGCCUACAUAGGCCGGCAGUCAGCAGAGCAGCACAGUCCGUCCAGGAUGGCUGAGCUCACUGCCGCCGGAGCCCAGCAAGGCAGCUUGGCCAUGAGCCCUCUGCUGUACUAUGCCCUGCCUGCCCUAGGCAGCUAUGCCAUGCUCUCCAUCUUCUUCCUGCGCCGGCCUCGCCUGCUGCACACACCUUGGGUUUCAGUCUUCCAUCCCCGCCUGGGGGCCCACCGGGGAGGAUCCGGAGAGCGACUGGAGAGCACCAUGGAGGCCAUGGAGAACUCCAUGGUCCAGGGGGCAGACCUCCUGGAGCUCGACUGUCAGCUGACCAGGGACGGCGUGGUGGUGGUGUCACACGAUGAGAACCUGUCCCGCCAGUCGGGCCUGCAUAGGGAUGUGGGCAGCCUGAACUUUGAGGAGCUGCCUCUCUACAAGGAGGAGCUGGAGGUUUAUUUCUCGCCAGGCCGCUUCGCACGUGGGUCCGACCGGCGCAUGGUGAGCUUGGAGGAGGUGUUCCAGAGGUUUCCUCGGCUGCCCAUGGCCUUGGAGGUCAAAGGGGACAAUGAAGAGCUCAUUCACAAGAUAGCAGCCCUGGUGAGGUACUUCAAUCGCAAUGAAAUCACCAUCUGGGCCUCAGAGAAAAGCUCCAUCAUGCAGAAGUGCAAGGCCGCUAACCCCGAGAUGCCGUCCUCCUUCACAAUAAACCGAGGAAUCCAGAUGCUGCUGCUCUAUUACCUGGGGCUGCUACCCUUCAUCCCCAUCCCCGAGAAGUUCCUCCUCUGCUUCCUGCCCACCAUCAUCAACAGGACUUACUUUCCAUUCUCCUUCCCUGGGCUGAACCAGCUGGCUGCUGUGGUUUGCAAACGGCUCAUGAUGAGGAAAAGUCUGAUCCAACACCUGAAGCAGCGAGGGGUACAGGUGAUAUUUUGGUGCCUUAAUGAUGAGUCGGAUUUUGAAGUGGCCUUCAACCUGGGGGCCUCUGGGGUGAUGACUGAUUACCCCACAGCCCUGAGGCACUACCUGGACAACCAAAGAACAGCUGCCCCUGCCUUCUAAGCCAGGGACCCUCACUUUUUUCUGUUUCUCUUCCCUAAUAAAUGCUUUCUUU